AUGUUUCAACGGACGGGCGGAUUUUCAGGAUCAAGAGCACCAUAUGUGCCUAAUGUUGCAGCAUCUCGAGGAGUUUAUCGAUCAUCAUAUGUACGACCAUCAGUACGAUAUGCACCUCGACCUGCUCUACGACCAGUAGUACCAGCUGGUCGAGCACCCGGUGGAUCUGGUAUGCUUGCAGCUAUUCUCGGACCCAUCGGAGGUCUUACUGGAUGCUUAUGCUGUCUCAAUACUAUCGGAGUUUGGGGUCUAUUUAUUACGGCUAUUCCAUUGACCGUCUUUAUUAGUCGAUGGUAUCGUGAUUAUAAAAACCGUAAUGGACAAAACGGUGCUGAAGAACUUAUUGUUCCACACAUGCUUCUUCUAUUAGUGCUCGUAUGUUCGUUUCUAUUUACGUUCAUGCGUCGCUCAUAG